CAAUGCAUGAGUCUGGAAGUUUUGCAGCAUCACGUUCUAGACGUGAGAAGAAGUCUAGAAGAGGCCAGCAAGAAGCACUGGAACGUCUGAAAAAAGCCAAAGCUGGUGAAAAAUUAAAAUAUGAGGUUGAGGAGUUCAUGGGUGUUUACGAUGAAAUAGAUGAGGAUGAAUACUCCAAGAUGGUCAGAGAUCGUCAGGAUGAUGACUGGAUUGUUGAUGAUGAUGGGAUAGGUUAUGUAGAAGAUGGAAGGGAAAUCUUUGAUGAGGAUCUGGAUGAUGAUGCUCUUGGUUCCAAUAAGAAAGGAAAAGGUGGCAAAACAUCUACGGUUGAUAAAAAGAAUGUGAAAAAAUCCGUGGUGUCAAAGCCAAACACAAUUAAGUCUAUGUUUAUAGCCAGUGCUGGGAAGAAAAACACAGAUAGAACUGUGGACCUGUCAAAGGAUGAUUUACUGGGGGAUAUCCUUCAAGAUCUUAAUGCUGAAACUGUUCAGGUGAGUCCACCACCAAUUGUAAUGCUGAAAAGGAAGAGAUCUGCUGGAGUACCGCUGAAUCCUUUCUCUGUGCAGUCCCAAACUCCUAAGGUAAUCACCCCUAUAUCAAAGAAAGCUCCUGCUCAUCUCAGGAAGGAAGCUCUUCCUCCAGCUUCAUUUCAUCCUAAACAUCCCAAUUACACAGCAAAAUCUGGCAUAGUCUCUGAAAAUGAGGAUACCAAGUAUGUGCAAAAAGCUACAGAAAAUGGGGGAAUGGUGAAGACAAUAGAAGAGAAAGCUAUUGAAGCACUUCCAGACGAUGAUCAGGGAAUGAUGGAUUUUGAUGAGGACGACUUUGAUGAACCUAUGGAAGCAGAGCAUGUGGAAACUAUACCUGAGACAGCCGAAAGCUUGAAGAGAGACAAGGAAAUUGAAAAGAAAGAGACAGAGCAGCUGGAAUCAGAGAAGAAAGAGACAUCUGUCUUAAGUUGUUCUCUCCCAGGUAUCUCGUGUUGGGACAGAAUUGAAGAGGAUGAAGCUGAUCUAGUAGUGGCAGAAGUUCAGCUGGAUCCCAAUCUCCUUCCACUUGUGAAUGGGGAAAAUGAUGAUCAAGUCUUCAGAUUUUAUUGGCUGGAUGCUUAUGAAGAUCAGUACAAUCAGCCAGGUGUGGUAUUUUUGUUUGGCAAAGUUUGGAUUGAAUCCGCAAAUACCUAUGUCAGCUGUUGUGUGACAGUGAAAAAUAUUGAGAGAACUGUUUAUCUACUGCCACGUGAAACGGAAAUGGACCUAUCCAGUGGGAGAGAGACGGAGACUCCUGUAACUAUAAUGAGUGUUUUCAAGGAAUUUAACGACCGCAUUUCACCAAAGUAUAAGAUCAUGAAGUUCAAAUCCAAG